AUGCAUAUCAUAAAGCUACCGUGGCUAGGCCACAGAGCUGAAAACAAAUUUAUAGAGUGCUAUGCCACCAGCAUCAACCAUACCGGUACCAGACUAGCUACCGGUGGGCUUGAUGGAAAUGUCAAGAUAUGGGACACCAAGCUGAUUCUACGGUACAAGGACUACCAGCCAGAGGAGGAUACUAAAGACGGUCUCAUUGACCGUAUGGAUGUGGACGAGCUGCCUCUUGAACUCAAGCGGCCUGUGGCCUCGAUGUCCAGACAUAAUGGAGCGGUAACGUGCGUGAAGUUUUCACCAGACGGGAAGUUUCUAGCGUCUGGAUCAGACGAUAAGAUCAUUCUUGUGUGGGAGAAGGAUGAGGAACAGACCAAUCGGCCCAAACAGUUUGGAGAGACCGAGGCUGACUUGGAGCAUUGGAUGGUGAGGAAGAGACUCGUGGCUCACGACAAUGAUGUUCAGGAUAUAUGCUGGUCUCCAGAUGGAUCUUUGUUGAUUACAGUGGGUUUGGAUCGUUCCAUUAUUAUCUGGAGCGGGACGACUUUUGAAAGAAUCAAGAGAUACGAUAUCCACCAGUCUAUGGUAAAGGGUAUAGUGUUUGACCCUGCCAAUAAGUUCUUUGCUACAGCUUCUGACGACAGAACCGUCAGAAUAUUCCGCUACUCGAGGAAACUCAAUGACGCUUCGGCUAAUAAUUAUGAGUUCCAGGUGGAACAUAUCGUCAUGGACCCUUUCAAAAAGUCCCCUCUCACAUCAUAUUUCCGCAGAAUGUCGUGGUCGCCCGAUGGCCAGCACAUUGCUGUCCCAAAUGCUACAAAUGGCCCUGUUACAGCUGUCGUAAUCAUAAACAGAGGCAAUUGGGCUACCGAUGUGUCUCUUAUUGGUCAUGAAGCGCCAUGCGAAGUAUGCUCCUUCUCUCCCAGGCUAUUCCAUCAAGGUGACUCAAAGAACAAGACUGAUCAAUACAUGACUAUUCUUGCCACAGGUGGACAAGAUAGGACCCUCGCGAUAUGGAGCACUGGCCGCACGAAACCUUUGGUGGUGGCUGAGGAAGUGGUGGAGAAUGCCAUUACAGACAUUUGCUGGGCACCAGACGGACAGUCCCUCUUUCUUACUUCGCUCGAUGGAUCUGUUACAUGUGUCAUUUUUGAAGAAAAAGAGCUCGGUGAAGUUGUGGCUGAAGAUGUAAACGAUUCUCAAUUACUACGGUAUGGAGGUGAUAGAGAACUGACUAUUUUUGCCGAAAGCGCUCAGCAGCUCGAACUCGAGGAGCUUGCUGCUAAACAGGGAAAUGUUAUAUCAGCCAGGCCAUUGACUCCACCCAUUGAAGUGAAGCAAAAGACAGAAGAGGGCUUUACCACUGCUCCAUCAACACCACAGAAGCCAAAGGAGGAACCUGUGGCUCCAAAGAAGGUAAACGUCCUUACACAGAGUGUCAAAAUUACGAAGGAUGGUAAGAAGAGAGUGGCACCUAUGCUUGUUUCCAGCAGUUCAGCACCGCCAAAGAAUAAUGCAUUACUAUCACAGCCAGCACCCAAAUCUGGGAGAAAAUUUGAGAUUGCUAGCAAGAUUUCCCAAACACCAUACUUCUUACCUCGCUUGGGUAUACAAACAAGCGUCCACGGUCUCAAACAUAGGGACAAUAGUCAUGGUGAUGAUGCAUUGAAGAAUAAUGAAGACCAAGACAAUGACAACGAAGACAUUGGCAUGGACGAUCCUAAUGCUGGUCUGAGCACUUAUAAUACUGGCGGUUCAUUCAGAAAGAAGAUGAAACGCUACAGAAGGUGGCUCAUGGUUCAUAAAUACCCAACUCCAUUCAAGUAUGUUUCCGAUUUGCCUAAUGUGCUUUUCAGGAACGCUGCAGUGAUGAACCAUGAACUUGGUCGUCUCAUUCAAAAGAAGGAUAUCAUAAGCUCUCAAGAAAUGAUUAACCCAUCGUCUAUCGAUGCAGUUGAUGAAAACAUCAUGUUCCAAGUUGUUGUGAAAUCCGUUCAGCAUUUGAACAAACAACCAAAGUAUGAAUCUUUGAACGAAAAUGGCGCUAGCGAACAUCUAGUUACGUCGAUAAUAGAAGUCAGAAAUGGGUCAGCAUGGCCUGAGGACGAUGCAUCCAUGAACGCAGACUACGCUCAGCGAUUAGACUUUCAGGACCCUACACAAGUCAUUGUGACCAAUAACGAACUUAACGACACAAGAGAUUACAUCUUAUACUUUCCUUUCAGAAUCCAACAAGUUUUACCAAUCUUGUUCGAUGAUAGCCUUUACUAUUAUGUGUUGAUUUCAUUUGACGGAGCGAUUCAGAUCGUUCAUGCUCAUUCAGGAAGCUACUUGACCCCACUUCUUGAGCUUGGAAGUAAUGUUAUAUUUGCAAAGCAAAGCGAAUCUUUUAUCCUUGUUGUGACGGGCUCCGGUCUCGUGUAUACUUGGGAAUUAUCUGGUGCUAACAAACUGAUCAUCAAGGGUGUUAUGAAGGGUGUAUCUGUUGCAUCUGUUAUUAACAGUGAAACAAAGCUUCCCAAAAGCGAUCCAGAAGCAUCAAAGAAGGGUGUGGUUCCUUCUGUCAUAGUUGACAUAAUCAGGUCUAUCGAUGUUGAUGCCAAAACGGGUAUGCCUUUUAUCACCUUACAAAACACCAACUCGGUCUACACAUACUCCAAAGAUUUGAUGGUUUGGAUCAAGGCUGUUGACCCUUGGUACUUCUUAGCAUUGGAGGAGACAGAGGUACAGCUGAAUUUGCCUGUGCUUCAAAAUGUCUUACGAAAGACAUACAGCCUCAAUCACGAACAGAUCGAGAAGGGAAAGAAGGGCAGAUAUACGUUCGAUGAGAACAACAAAGAGCUUAAAGAGAAUAUGCAACAGCGGUUUCAUGAGCUUGUGGAGCUAAUUUAA